CUGCCGCUGUUGGCGGUUCUCCGAUUCGAGCAGGGGUGAGCAGGAAUGAUCCCGGUGUUGUGUAACUCGGGGGCCGCUUGCAUUGUGAAAGGGCCGGGCCCGAGCUCUGCUGGACGGCUGGAGCAGGGGUGCAGUGUUAGACCUGCAGUGAGAGAUUUAUUGGAAGAAAAACCACAACUGAAGACGAGGGAACAGCAACAAGUGAACCAGCCCUAGGACUGAGAGCAUCAACUGGAGAGAACCCUUCUGACUCGGAGAUUCCAGUGAUUCAGUCCGGAGAAAGUUUGCUGUGCGGACCAACCAUUCAUCUGGGCAGGAAACGUUUACAUGGCUUCAAAACAGUGGCACUUUACAUUGACAGUAGAUAAAAGAAAAUCCCAGCUGCACGUCAACAAAGGGUAUUUGUGUGAGAGUGUUCAGUUACUUUGCGGACAGGCACUCUUGCAGCUCAGUGGGAACAGAGAAUAAUACCAAUGGAGAGAGUCAAACUGAGCCAGGUCACAGAUUGGUGACGGCAGAAAUGCCCCAUUCUUAUAGAGACAGGAAGAUCAUCAGAGAGUUUGAUGGUCAUUCCAGAUAGCUACACAGUGCCCAGUUAGAAGAUGAUUUCUCUCUCCAACUUGGGUUGAACCUCACUGUAACAGUGUGAUGCCAGAUCACACCUUGACAACUCAAGUAAUCUUGUCUGAAAUAUUGUCCUUCACCCAUUGAUGUACUAUAAAUCUUUUUCAGGUUAAAAACGCCAAGGAUAUUAUCUACGGGGAGGUCGAACACAACACGCUGUUUUUUUGUCUAUGUCCAGAUAUUUAAGAAGUGGAACAAGGGAUUCACUCGAUCAUCAUUCCUACUCAGACUGUGGGGAGUGAUUCACUCGAUCAUCAUUCCUAUUCGGACUGUGGGGAGUGAUUCAUCGAUCAUCUGACUGACUGGCAUGCUGUCAAUUUACACGGAGGGAAUCCAUUUAUCUGCUCAGACUGUGGGAAUGGAUUCAGUCGGUCAUUUCAACUGAAGGUACAUCAGCUGGAUCACCAUGGGCAAGGCCAUUCACCUGUUCUGUGGGUGAGAAUGGAUUGAGAUGGUCUUCCUGCCUGUUGGAUACACCAGUCAGUGCACAUUGAAUUUGCGGGGAAUGAUUCAGUCAGUCAUCUGAUCUAAUGGCUCACCAGCGAGUUCACACUGGGGAGCGGCCGUUCACCUGCUCGGACUGUGGGAAGGGAUUCACGUUGUCAGCUCACCUACUGAGACAUCAGUCAGUUCACACUGGUGAGAGGCCGUUCUCCUGCAGGAAAACAUUCAUUUCGUCAUCUGAACUGAAGGAACAUCAGCGAGUUCACACUGGGGAGAAGCCGUUCAUCUGCUCAGACUGUGGGAAAGGAUUCAGUUCAUCAUCUAACCUUAAAGUGCAUCAGCGAGUUCACACUGGGGAGCAACCGUUCACCUGCUCAGACUGUGGGAAAGAAUGCACUUCAUCAUUCCAACUUAAGAUACAUCAGCGAGUUCACACUGGGGAGAGGCCGUUCACCUGCUCAGAAUGUGGGAAAAGAUUCACUUCGUCAUCUCAACUUAAGGUACAUCAGCGUGUUCACACUGGGGAGAGGCCGUUCACAUGCUCAGACUGUGGGAAAGGAUUCACUCAGUCAUCCCACCUACAAGCACAUCAGCAAGUUCACACUGGGGAGAGGUCAUUCACCUGCUUAGACUGUGGGAAGGCGUUCACACGGUUUGCUACCCUACAAGCACACCGGUCAGUUCACACUGGGGAGAAGGCAUUCACCUGCUCAGACUGUGGGAAAGGAUUCACUCAGUCAUCCCACCUGCGAGCACACUACUCAGUUCACACCAGGGAGACUCUGGACACCUGCUCGGACUUUGGGAAGAGAUUCUCUCAGCCAAAUCAAGCAAAUGUGCAUCAUUGAGUUCACACAGGAGAGACCAUUCACUGGAUGUGUGUCCCUCACUGUUGCUGAAUGCAACUUCGAGAGUGACUGUCGGUGCUGAACUCUGCAAUUAUUGCUGCUGCUCACCACACCCAGUUCUGCACCCUGGUCAC